CGGAGCACCCUUCUCGCUCCGUGGUCUCCGGGACGGACGCUCGGACUCUUCUCUCGCCUUAGCCAGACUCGCUUUCCCGCCUCUCAAACUCUAGCUUCCCUCCACUCCUCGCUCUGUUCCCUCCACUUUCCCCUCCUCUUUCUCCCACGCCGCCAACCCUGAUUCCCCGUUCCUUUUCCCGGCCCUCUCCCUUCCCCUCUCCUCGUUGAACUUCUGUACACUUCCACCUCGGACUCCCGUGAGGGUGCCUGACCUAGUCGCCGGCUCUGGUUCCCCUUCGAAGCCAUGGCGGGACCUGGCGGUUGGAGGGACAAGGAAGUCACGGAUCUAGGCCACUUGCCGGAUCCAACUGGAAUAUUCUCACUGGAUAAAACCAUUGGCCUUGGUACUUAUGGCAGAAUCUAUUUGGGACUCCAUGAAAAGACUGGUGCAUUUACAGCUGUGAAAGUGAUGAAUGCUCGUAAGACCCCUUUACCUGAAAUAGGAAGGCGAGUGAGAGUGAAUAAAUAUCAAAAGUCUGUCGGCUGGAGAUACAGUGAUGAAGAAGAGGAUCUCAGGACUGAACUCAACCUUUUGAAGAAGUACUCUUUCCACAAGAACAUUGUAUCCUUCUAUGGUGCAUUUUUCAAGCUGAGUCCCCCUGGCCAGAGGCAUCAACUUUGGAUGGUGAUGGAGUUAUGUGCAGCAGGCUCAGUCACUGAUGUAGUGAGAAUGACCAGAAAUCAGAGUUUGAAGGAAGAUUGGAUUGCAUAUAUUUGCCGAGAAAUCCUCCAGGGCUUAGCUCAUCUUCAUUCACACCGUGUAAUUCACCGGGACAUCAAAGGUCAAAAUGUGCUACUGACUCAUAAUGCUGAAGUAAAACUAGUGGAUUUUGGAGUGAGUGCCCAGGUGAGCAGAAUUAAUGGGAGGAGAAAUAGCUUCAUUGGGACACCAUACUGGAUGGCACCUGAGGUGAUUGACUGUGAUGAGGACCCCAGACGCUCCUAUGAUUACAGAAGUGAUGUGUGGUCCGUGGGAAUCACUGCUAUUGAAAUGGCCGAAGGGGCUCCUCCCCUGUGUAACCUUCAACCUUUGGAAGCCUUGUUCGUUAUUUUGCGAGAAUCUGCUCCCAAAGUCAAAUCCAGUGGAUGGUCCCGCAAGUUCCAUGAUUUCAUGGAAAAGUGCAUGAUAAAAAAUUUCCUAUUUCGUCCUACUUCUGCAAACAUGCUUCAUCACCCAUUUGUUCAGAAUAUAAAAAAUGAAGGACAUGUUGUUGAGUCAUUAAAGAAGCAUCUUACUGGAAUCAUUAAAAAGAGACAAAAAAAAGGAAUACCUCUGAUCUUUGAAAGAGAAGAAGCUAUUAAGGAGCAGUAUACCAUGAGAAGAUUCAGGGGACCUUCUUGUACUCAUGAACUUCUGAGACUGCCUACCAGCAGUAGAUGCAGACCACUUAGAGUCCUGCAUGGAGAACCCUCUCAACCAAGGUGGCUACCUGACCGAGAAGAGCCACAGGUUCAGGCCCUUCAGCAUCUCCAGGGCGCUGCCAGGGUGUUCAUGCCACUACAGGCUCAGAACGGUACACCUAGGCCUCUACAGGGGCAAGUCCAGGCACCUCAGCGACUGCAAGGGGCUGCACGGAUGUUCAUGCCACUACAGGCUCAGGUGAAGGCUAAGGCAUCUAUGCCCCUUCAGAUGCAGAUGAAGGCACCUUCACAACCACAGAGGACAGCCUGGAUGUCUAUGCCACUACAGGCUCAGGUGAAGGCCCCUAGGCCUCAACAGGUACAGGCCCAGGUAUCCAAAAAGCAGCAGGCUCAGGGCCAACCCCAGGCAUCAGGAGAGCCCCAGGAUCUGGAUCAGGUACCAGAGGAAUUUCAGAGGCAAGAUCAGGUACCUGAACAACAGCAAAGACAUGGCCGGGUCCCUGAACAACAGCAGAGGCAGAACUACAUACCUCAACAGCCACUGCAGCAGAAUGGGGCACCCGAACAGCCAGAAGUACAGGAACAGGCUGCAGAGCCUACACAGGCAGAGGUGGAGGCAGAGGAACCUGAGUCAUUACGAGUCCAUGCCCAGGUGUUCCUGCCCCUACUCUCACAGAACCACCACGUGCUGUUGCCACUCCAUUUGGACACUCAGGUGCUCGUUCCGGUAGAGGGGCAGACCGAAGGAUCACCUCAAGCACAAGCCUGGGCACUAGACCCCACACAGGCAGUUGGCUCAGUUCAAGCAGUUAUAGAGGGACUAUCAAGAGACUUACUUCGAGCACCAAAUGCACAUAACUCAAAGCCGCUUGGUCCACUGCAAACCCUGAUGGAAAACCUGGCAUCAGACGUGUUUUACUCUCAACCAGAACAAGCACGGAAGAAAAAAUCAAGAGUUUCUAGUCUAAGGCAGGCAUUGGCAAAAAGACUAUCACCAAAGAGGUUUCGGGCAAAGUUGUCACGGAGACAUGAAGUGUUUGAGCUCUCAGAUUUAGAAGCCCAUAGGCAAAGGCGCCAAUGCAGAUGGGAGGAUAUCUUUAAUCAGCAUGAGGAAGAACUGAGACAAGUUGCAAAAGACAAAGAAGAUGAAUCAUCAGAUAAUGAUGAAGCAUUUCAUUCGAUUCAGGCUGAAGUCCAAAUAGAACCAUUGCAGCCAUACAUUCCAGAUCCUAAAGAAAAUGAGGUUCAAGAGAGAUCUGCUUCUAUGCCUUACAACCAGGAUCGUGUACAUCGUGUCAAGUUCUCCUCAAGUGUUCCUCAGCGGUCUCUUUUGGAGCAAGCUCAGAAGCCAAUUGACAUCAGACAAAGGAGUUCGCAAAAUCCUCAAAAUUGCCCAGCAGCAUCAGAAUCUUCUUCUGAGGAGGCAAGUCCUGUGACCAGGAGGAGGUCCCAGUCAUCACCACCUUAUUCUACCAUUGAUCAGAGUUUGCUGGUUGAUAUUCAUGUUCCAGAUGGAUUUAAAGUAGGAAAAAUAUCACCCCCUGUUUACUUGACAAAUGAAUGGGUAGGCUAUAAUGCACUAUCUGAAAUCUUCCGGAAUGACUGGUUAACUCCUGCACCUGUUGUUCAACCACCUGAAGAGGAUGGUGAUUAUGUUGAACUUUAUACUGAUGGUGAUGGUGAUGAUGAUUCUAAUGACACUUAUGAAGAUAGUUAUGACCAUGACAAUGGCAGUGAUGAGUUGGAUGACCAGGUUGAUCAGGCUAAUGAUGUUGGUGAAGACCAUGAUGAUGAUGACAAUGAUGAGGUUAUUGAUGACAAAGGCAAUAAUCCUGAUGAUGCUCCUAGCUGGCCAAGGCCAAGCUGUGGCAGAGGCAGAAGCUACAAGCAAGAUGGUAAAGAUGGAAGUGAUAGAGGAGAAGGAUCUUUCAGCAGCUAUGGAAGUCAGAGAGUUAAUAGAAGCCAUGGAGGAAGUGCAGCCCGUGGGGACAGUGCAGCCAUUGGAGACCAUGAAGAGCACAGCGCGAAUGUAGGCAGUGGAAGAAGAGGCAAGGAGAGUAAUGAAAAUGAGGGAGUCAGUGGAACCAAUGAAGAGAGUGAAGCCCAAGAACUAAAUGGAAGCGAAAAUUGCUCAGAGACAGAUGAUCCAAUAUUGGAGAAACCAGCAUUCCAAGAAUUUGAACAUCAACUAGAGGAGUCAGGCGGUAGAAGUGAGGCCUCAAAUGCCAUUGCCCCAGGUGCUGCACCUGCAGUACUUGAUGCUGAGAAUGACACUGUGGAUAUAUCAGAAGUAUCAACAGAAUCAGGUUUCUCUGCCAGCCACUCAUCUCCCUCCAAUGAUUCUGAAAGGACUGCAAAUGCUGACUUUGCCAGUGCCAUCUUAUAUGCUGGAUUAGUGGAAGUACCUGAGAAAUCAUCUAAGCGACCCUCUGACGUUAACGUUAACCCAUUAUAUGUCUCUUAUGAAUGUAAAAAACCACUAAUCCACAUGUAUGAAAAGGAAUUCACUUCUGAGAUCUGCUGUGGUUCUUUGUGGGGAGUGAAUUUGCUGUUGGGAACUCGAUCGAAUCUGUAUCUGAUGGACAGAAGUGGAAAGGCAGACAUUACUAAACUUAUAAAGAGAAGACCAUUCCGUCAGAUUCAAGUUGUAGAGCCACUCAACUUGCUGAUUACCAUCUCCGGCCGUAAGAACAGACUUCGAGUGUAUCAUUUGACCUGGCUGAGAAAUAAGAUUUUGAAUGAUGAUCCAGAAAGCAAAAGAAGACAAGAGGAAAUGCUCAAAACAGAAGAAGCCUGCAAAGCAAUUGAUAAAUUGACAGGCUGUGAACACUUCAGUGUCCUCCAACAUGAAGAAACAACAUAUAUUGCAAUUGCUUUGAAAUCAUCGAUUCACCUGUAUGCAUGGGCACCAAAGUCCUUUGAUGAAAGCACUGCCAUUAAAGUGUUUCCAACACUUGGUCAUAAGCCAGUGACAGUUGACCUGGCUAUUGGUUCUGAAAAAAGGCUAAAGAUUUUCUUCAGCUCAGCAGAUGGAUAUCACAUCAUUGAUGCAGAAUCUGAGGUUAUGUCUGAUGUGACCCUGCCAAAUAACAAUAUCAUCAUUUUACCUGAUUCCUUGGGAAUUGGCAUGAUGCUCACCUUCAAUGCUGAAGCCCUUUCCGUGGAAGCAAAUGAACAACUCUUCAAGAAGAUCCUUGAUGUGUGGAAAGACAUACCAUCCUCCAUAGCUUUUGAGUGUUCUCAGAGAACCACAGGGUGGGGCCAAAAGGCCAUGGAAGUCCGCUCUUUGCAGUCAAGGGUUCUGGAAAGUGAACUGAAGCGCAGAUCAAUUAAGAAGCUGAGAUUUCUGUGUACCCGAGGUGACAAGCUAUUCUUUACCUCUAUCCUGCGCAAUCAUCACAGCCGGGUUUACUUCAUGACCCUUGGAAAACUUGAAGAGCUCCAAAGCAGUUAUGGUGUUUAAAAGUUUCCAAUGAUUUAUUAUACUGAUUACAAGCAUCACAAAUAUGCAAUCUGCAUUUUUUAAUUUCUGAGAUUAAAUGAGCAUUCACUUUUACUGGUAGGGAAAAAUUAAAUCAGAUACUUUACUUUUAAUGUAGCACAGAAUAGUUUUAAUGAGAAAUGCAGCUUUAUAUAUAAAAUUAACUAUAGCAAGCUCUAUGUACUCCAAUGGUGUACAAUAUCUUUUGCACAAACUUUGUAACUUUUGUUACUGUGAAUUCAAAUAUUACUCUUUGGACAGUUUGGACAGUACCUGUAUUCGGAUUUUACAACAUGGAGUUAAGAAACCUGUAAUGAGUUAGAUUCCAAACAGCUUUCAAAAGAGUUGCCCCUGAAUGAGGGUUUUUUUUUUUCCCAGAAAAAAAUCAAAAUAGCAACAAACCAUAUACAGAUUUGCCAAGUCCUAGAAAGAACCAAAGGUUAGAUUAUGAAAUGAAAAUAAUAAGGACUAGGUAUAAACCAGACCUAAGGCUGAACAACCUGCAUACCUGGAGAAAAUACAGUGAUAAAGGGGGGAAGGCCACCCUUUUUCCUCAUUGCUCCAUGACAGUUAAGCCCACAGUUAGAGACCAGUUGUGUUCUUUUCAUCCCAUGUUAAGGGGGCUUUCUCCUGAUGGGAAAGGAAGAAAGCCUAAAAUGGUUGAUUUUCCUCAGAAACCCCAAAGAUGUGCAAUAGCUAUUUUUAAGAACCACCAAAUAAUACACUUGCAAGCCUGAUUACAGGACUGAACUCCUAUACAUAUGUACUGUAGAAUAAGUUGUAUUUCUUUAAUACUUUAAAGUAGGCGUCAAGUUCUAUCCCAAAGGUAGAUUGGUUGAUUUAUCAAAAUUCUUAUCUGGCCAACAAUGUCUAUAUCAGACAGCUUUAAGUAUUUUCCUGAUCCCAGAUUAAACUAUAGAAAAACUUCCCUCCAGUUAUUAAGCAAAAAUAACAAAGUAAAACAACAAAAAGUUUUGACCCUAAUACUUGUGUUUUUCAUGGUUCUGUUUCUGUAAAAUCAGAAAUUAAUCUAAAAGUGGUAAGUCCACAUGUAGGGACUUAAUGUAAUAGAUUAAAAGGAAAGAUUUGGAAAAAAAUACAACUUUCAUCAAAUACCUAGGUCUGCAAAUUUAUAGCAGUGAAAAAAAUCAUGCUAGUCCAUCACCCCUAUAUAUUAUAGACGCCAUAGAUAGGUGGCAUUUGGUCACUUAUGGUAAUUGCUACCUGGUGAAAAGCAUCAUUUCUGCAUAUCCAUCCUCAAUACCAUGGUUAGUUCUGGGGCAAUAAAGAAGCAACAGAACUACCACAAAGUAUACCUCACUAUAAUUCCUCUAGUUCUGCUUCUAAAAUCUGAAGACAGUGCUAGUGGGAUAAUAAUUUUCAAACUACCUGGUUAACCAAAAUACAAAAGCAGCUGACUAUGUGUGAUUUCAUAAUAGCACACUAUUUCUUGGCACCUAGGUGCCAGGAAUGAUGAUUUGGAUUUUCCUAAUAACUUUUAUCAAGAAUGUAGUAGCUCAAUAAUGAGAAUUUAGGAGAACCUGAAUCCAUGAAUUAAAGAUAAAUGUGAUUCGCAUUUGUUACUGUGACACAAUAAUGUGAUCUUAAAACUGGCUUAUCCUUGAGUGUUUACAACUCAAAUAACUUUUUAAAUGCAGUAGUUUAAAGAGAAAACAAACUUUUAUGUCAAAUUAUUUCCUUAGAACUAGUCUUCCUUUUUAAUUUGUACACCAAAAAGGCCAUGGGGAACUUUGUGCAAGUACCUCAUCGCUGAGCAAAUGGAGCUUGCUAUGUUUGAAUUUCAGUAAAUUCUCUCAUUUAAGUAGUGUGUAGAAUCAAGUCUUUUAAAAAUUCAUUUUUUUCUUCAUAAUAUUUACUCAGUUAAGGUUCAAAAAUAAGUUUUAUCUUAAAUCAUAUUUUUAACACAGUAAGACAGUAAACUAUUUUAGGAAGUCAACUCCCAUUGUGCUCUGUGGCUGUCAUUCUAGCAAAUAUACACAGUAGUGAACUGCGUCUACAGAGGUGUCCCAAAGUAAAUAAGCAAGAGAGAUUGCAAUUGUGUAAUUGAGUAUUAAAUGAUAAGGUGUUGAUGAGGAAAGGAAGCUAGGUACAUACUAAGAAGGGAGAUUAGAUGUUGGAUAGCCAACUUAGGAAGGACUGGAAAUAGUCAUUUGUAGGUAAUGAAUAUUUCCAAUUUAGAUGUUUAAUCCAUCUGGAAUUUUUACAUCCUUUGCCAGCUGAAAUAAGAAAAUGAAGAAGCAAUUGCGUUUCAUAGUCAAAUGAAAUAGUAAAGAAAAAAUUGUAACUACACCUCACCUUGUAGCAGCAGCACCUGGAAGCCCUGGCCCAUCACAGAAACAUUGACAGGGAUUCCUGGAAAGCCAAAUUCCCAAGUCCUCUAAGUUGAAGCAUGAAAGUUCUGGCAGCCUGUGAGUAGCAUUGGGACAGAGUACAGUUAAUUUUAGUGUACUUUAACUUUUACACCAAAGCCCUUGUCCAAAAUAGAAGAAAUCAUUGAAAACUAGAAAUGUGAUAUAUGCAAAGAACUGACAAGAAAAGUUCAGUGUGAUUAGGUCUUUUGAAGUAAGGUUAAGAGCCUCAGGUAACAGAAAGGAUAAUCGUUAAAAUAGUAGAUUAGGCAAAGCACAAAUCAUUCAUGCAUACACACAAGCACACACACAAACCAUUUGAAUGCAUAAAUUUUAAUAUUUUAGUGCUACCAGUUUCUAGAUAAUUAAUCAAUAAGUGUUUUUUGCUAGGACUUACUUAAUUGAGACACUAUCGAUUAAACUAGGAAUAAUGCCACAUGAAUUCAAUGGGAUCUUUUAAGUACUCUUCAUUUCUUUUCAAAACUGUGCCUAUUUAAAUUGAUUUGUAUUCAAUCUGUGCUCUAAUUUUAAGUUUUAUAGAAACAAUCUUUGAGACUGCUAAUUGUUUCAUCAGAAAAUCUACAAUGAAUCAUUGUUCAAUCUCUAAAAAAAUUUUAAAUAUAUUGAUUGAUGUCAUUGGAUCUUUUAAGUACUCUUCAGUUAUUUUCAAAACUGUGCAUAUUUAAAAUCAAUUUGUAUGCAAUCUGUGCUCUAAUUUUAAAAUUUAUUGAAACAAUCUUUGAGACUGCUAAUUGUUUAUUCAGAAAAAUUGCAAUGAAUCAUUGUUUAAUCUCUAAAAAUAAAAAUUUUUA